AUGACGGCCACCAGUCCUGAGCCCCCCGCCUCACCGCCCAUGACGUACAACGCCUUGGCGCCUAGUGAGCAGGCCACCGCCUUGCCCAGCGGACAGGCCACCCCACUCGCUCUCCCAGGCCUCGCCCUCCAGCCGCCGCUCAGCCGUCGUGGUACUGGCCCAGGCAUCAUUGUUGUUCUCCCACCCAAGCUCAGUCUUCGCCCCCACGCAAAGCUCGGCCUCCGUCCUCCGCUCGACCCAGACCCUGUCCUCAAGUGGGCCGAGGAGGGGUUCAACGUCGUUGGCGCCCAGCUCGGAGCCAACACGGACGUUUCCGAAGCCCUCGCAGUGGCUCUUGCCGCCCUCGAGGAGUGUCCCUCUGUCGACGCGGUGGGCAAAUAUGGCGUCCUGGUGUACGACCCAUCAGCGCUCGAAGCUGUUUUGGCUGGCAUGGCGACGCAGCCGUCACUCGUGUGCCUCAUCUCGCACGGUAGCGCCCCUUCAUACGCGCCUGUUCCGGCCCUUGCGCAUGUCCCGGGACGUAUCGGCAGCGACAGCGACGAUUCCAACGAGUCGCUUUGCAAAGUGUACGCGUACGAAGCUGAUAGCGCGUACUUUGUGGUGCCCAGUGCGGGGCCCAAGGCCUACUCCCCGCUCGAUGCCAGCAUCGUACAUACCCGCUCCCUCGUCUUUCUCCGAAACCACCUCGGGGGGCCGUACUUUGACCUGGAGAGCAUAUGGGACGAGCACACGUACUGCGAGUUUAGGGACCGCAGCGUCGCCAAAACAAUGGCUACCAUGGUGGCGGAGCCGUACGUCAACCACAUCCCAACCAUGACGGGCGGCAUGGGCCGUGAGGCACUGACUGCGUUCUACCGUGACCACUUCAUCUUCAGCAACCCUGCGGACGCCGAACUCGUCGUCGUGUCCCGCACCAUCGGAGCGGACCGCGUUGUCGAGGAAUUUGUGUACAACUGCACACACGACCGGGUCAUCGACUGGCUCCUGCCGGGCGUGCCUCCCAGUCGCAAAAAGCUCGAGAUUCCCAUGAUGGCUGUUGUCAACAUCCGCGGCGACAGACUGUACCACGAGCACAUUUGGUGGGACCAAGCCUGUGCUCUCAAACAAGCAGGCUACCUGCCAGCCUACGUCCCGAUAAACGGCGGCGAGGUCCUCCGCCUCCCAGUCGCGGGACCCGAGAGCGCCCACCUGCUCAUGGACGAGACGAGUGGCGAGUCGAACGAGAUGAUGGGACCAGAUCGUGCUCUUGUUGACGAGGCCGGCGAGCCCAUCUCGGGCAUUCAAGAGUAUGCCCUUAUUGGUAACUUGAGGACUGCUGCCAGUGUAAGCCAUACCGGGUCCAUCGAGUCGUUUUGCGUCCCGUACUUCGACUCUCCGAGUGUCUUUGCCCGCAUCGUCGACGCCAACAAGGGCGGUCACUUUGUCAUCAAGCCCAAGGCCGCUUUCAAGCCCAAACAGUACUAUGCGCCCAACUCCAACUUGCUCAUCACAAAGUUCCUAAGCGAAAACACGGUGGGAUCAGUCACAGACUUGCUCGUACCAAAGGGAGCCAACAUGAGUGGUCACCAGGACCGGGGACCCCUGCCUUGGCUCAUCCGCAGAGUGGAGAGCCUCCACGGGACAGUGGACUUUCGGAUGGAGUGCGCGCCUGCAUUCAAUUACUGUCGCGACCCACACGUUGCCGAGAUCGUCCACGACGACUCGGCCAGUCAAGUGUCAAUGAACAAGAAGAAAGGUCUAUUCAAAUCUCCCGACCUCGACAUGGACCUCCGGUGGCUCGUCUCGUCCGAGAAGGAUGCCGACGUUGAGGACCCCGAAAUCCAAGUGCACGUGGAGACACUGGCCAAGCGUGAUCUCUUGGGGCCGUCUCUCACAUCCGAAUUCACACUCAAGGAAGGCCAAAUCAUCUACUUCAUUCUCAGACAGGUACCCCAAGCCGCGCCCAUGUCCGAGGAGCAGUGCCUCGCAAGUGAGGAAACCCUCCAAAAGGCGCAAGAAGCUGGCAUCCCAGUUGACAAUUUGCGCAUGGCUGCUGCAUAUCUCCUCCGUCCGGACGACAACCCCAUUGUGACGCCUGACUUUGUCCAAGGGCUCAUCCGCGAUACACACAUCUUUUGGCAAAAGUGGAUCUCCAAGUCAAAGUACAGGGGACGCUGGCGUGAGGCAGUCCGCCGGUCUGCUCUAGUUUUGAAGAUGCUCGUGUUUGAAGAGACGGGAGCCAUUGUUGCUGCCCCGACAUUCUCGUUGCCAGAGUACAUUGGCGGCACGCGCAACUGGGACUACAGGUUCACCUGGGUCCGGGACACGAGUUUUACCAUUUACGCGCUCAUCCGACUGGGGUUCACGGACGAGGCAAAGGCGUAUGUCGACUUCAUCCUCGCCCGCCUCAAGGACCGCAACUCGGACGGCAGUCUGCAAAUUGUGUACACGAUCCACGGCAGCAAGGAACUGCCCGAGAUGGAGCUCACUCACCUCGCCGGCCAUAAGGGCUCCAAACCCGUCCGCAUCGGCAACGGUGCGGCCGAUCACAUUCAACUUGACAUCUACGGUGAACUCCUCGACUGCAUCUACCUCGCCCAAAAGUACUCUGCCCCCUUGGCCUGGGAAUCGUGGGUUGCUGUGCGCCAAGUUGUCGACUUUGUGGUCACCCAAGUCAACGAGCCCGACCUCAGUAUCUGGGAGGUGCGCGGCGCCAAGAAGAACUACACCUACUCCAAAAUCAUGAUGUGGGUCGCCCUUGACCGCGGCCUUCGUCUUGCCGAGAAGAGAUGCUUGCCCUGCCCGAACCGCAACAAGUGGCUGGAGACUAGGGACACGCUGUAUGAGACGAUCCAGAAUGAGGCUUGGAAUCCCGUGGGCAAGUUCUUUGGCCAAUCGUACGAAGACAAGGAUGUCCUCGACUCGGCCGUCUUGGUGAUGCCUCUCGUAUUCUUCAUCUCCGCCGCCGACCCGCGGUUCGUGCAGACCGUGGACCAGAUCCUCAAGACUCCGGAGAAGGGCGGUCUGACCAUCAACUCGUCCAUCUUCCGCUACGACGUGCACAAGACUGACGAUGGUGUGGGAGGCGAGGAGGGCGCCUUUUCCCUGUGUACCCUCUGGGGCGUGGAGGCACUCACGAGGGUGGGCGUGUACAACAGGAAGUAUCUGGACAAAGCCGUGUUCAUGUUCAUCGAGUUCCUCGGGUAUGGGAACCACGUCUCGCUCUACUCUGAGGAGAUCAGUAGCGGUGGCGAGGGGCUGGGCAAUACCCCGCAAGCGUUCAGUCACGUCACGCUCAUCUCAGCCGCAUUCAACCUUGACCGUGCGCUUGGAUGA